UGUUCAUCUUUGCCAGUGUCAGAUUGUCUGAUUGAUUAUUUCAAUCCUUGCAUUGUUAUUUUGCUUGCUUCAUUGCUAGUUUGCGUAUGAAAAUAAAAUAAAACUAUUUGAAAAAAAUCAUUAAUAAAAAACUUAUUAUAAAAAGACGUUGUAUCAAAAUGACACUUAUAAUUGUAUCUGGAUUGCCUCCGUGGUGGGAUAUGAAACUAUUGGUGAGAAAAUUAAUACAAGCAAUAAGAGGGAAGUAUGAAGUACUUACUAUAAAAUCUACCAAAAGUACCAGAUGUGGAUAUGUACGUCUGUCUGAUAUGCUUGACCCACAGACAGUCGUGAAUAAAAUAAACAAUACUAUGUUUGGUAAAGUCAAACUACAUGCUACAAUACCUGAUGUUGAACCAGCAUUACCCAGCGCAGUGAAGCCUCUUGGACUGCCAAAUCCUCUUCGCAGAGCUUACGGUAUAGCUAACGAAGGUUCAUUGGGACAGGUGCUCCAUGCUGCUCACUCUGAGAUUUUGGAGGAACUACAAUCAAAGUAUGCUGGUUUAUUUAAGCUCAGUAAAACAACUGGUCAUAAACUACUGCAAACAAUUGCUGAGGACUUACUGAAUAAAUUACGUUGGAUAAUGAUAAAGGGUACGGAUGUUAAUACAUGUUUUAAACUGACCAAGCAGUACAGGAAGUUGCACCCACAUCAUUGUGAUUUCAGUUUGAUUCUGUCAAAUUUUAAUAAUAUAGAAAGGGCAGCGGGGAAACCUCCUUCUGCACUGAACCAGGAUGAUCUUGUCACACCUACGGACAGACCUUAUGUUCUAUCUAACAUGCCAUUGGAUAAGGUGCAAGUGAUUUGUACAAAGUAUGCAAAGGCUAUAAGCAUGAAGUUACAAAACCACAUAAGUGAGUUAAAGACAAGCACCAAUGAAGAACCGAUGGAAGAAGAAUUGGCUGUGCAGAAGGUCAGGUUUGAGUUGAAGAAAAUCAUCCCUUAUAUACCUAUGAUGGUACAGAUAGUUGUAAAGGACAAUAUAUUACAGAAGAAGAGUAUGUACUAUAGAGUGAGAAUCUACGGCGAGCCGUUCCUACCUAACAAGGACAUGAUGCUGAAGUUCCUGAAGAAGUACCACGCGGUGAAGAUGUACCGCAGCGACCGCGCCUUCAACCUCAUGUACUGCAAGGUGCCGCUCACAACACUGCCAAAGUUCGCUGAAGCCGACGGCACUAAUAUAUGCGGGGCCAUUAUGUACAUCCGUCUGUCAGAUGUGGAGUACUACAAAGUGCCGGACGCCAUGGUCUCUGAGAUGUUGUCCUUCAAGCCGGUGAUGCCGGAGCAGCCGCCAUUGCCAACCAGUCAUACAGAUACACAAGAUGAAUAUGAUAAUGAAUGGUGUGAAACUUGGUAGUUUUAAGUUGUAUUUAAUCUAUAUAUAUAAAAAUGAAUUGUUGUUCGUUAGUCUCACUAAAACUCGAGAACGG